AUGCCAGAUCCCUCGCCGCGUCGGCGUCGGUCGGUCUCUGCCUCCCUCAACUCCCUCCAACGGUUCGACUCCUCCCAGGCUGAGGUUCCCACGGUUCCGACUUGUACGGCGAGCGACGGCCAUCGCCGCCGGCGGACGAGCCCGCUAGGAGGAGGCAGCGGAGGCGCAUCGCACAGUGCAUUAUGCCAUUGCCAACCGUGAAGUUUCCAAGAAAAUGUUGCAUCUAGUGCAGUCACCAUCAUGACAGCUUAACAAUGUUGCAGAGAGACUAUGCACCCUGCCAGAUUUACAUUGUUUCGAAGUUUGGCCCCCGGCGCAUCUGAGUUUCAGUUAGCAGGUCUUCAAGCCAGCCAUCAAAUAGAUAUCUUCCCUCACAAAAGCACAAAACCAUGGCUGCCGCUGCCGCAAUCAUGUUCGCUGGGAAGUUGGCCGGGAACUCGGUGGCAAACGCAACCAUAUCCUUUUGGAUCAGCAAAGCUUUCACCUGCCUGACUGACUACUGGAAGGCUGAUGGCUUGGAAGAUGUCAAGGGUAGGGUACUGCAGUCAGUGAAGAAGGUCCAGGUUGUAUUUGAUAUCGUUGACCCCGAAUACAUCAAGGAACAAAGCUCUGCCCUGGAUCUUUGGCUGUGGCAGUUCAGGGAUGCAGUUGAGGCGGCAGAGGAUGUGAUAGAUGAGCUUCACUACUACGAGCUUAGAGGGAAGGCAAAGGAUCAUAAGGUCAGUGACUGGGGCUCCUCUUCUGCUAAACUGAAGCAUAAGUUUGUCAAGUCUGUUAAACAUGUUGGUGUCAUGGGCAAGACUGUGAAAGAAUUUACUCACCAUGGCACGCUCAAGAGGCUGAGGAAAGUCUUGGAGGGACUAGAAAAGGCAGCUACUGAAAUUGUGGCUAUCCUCACAGUCACACAACAUCUCAAAGACAUUGCUUCAGGUAGUAAGAGGCAGGUGAAUUUUAUGAACAGGGAUCAGGACACUGGUUCAACAUUAACUGAACCAUACUUUGUUGGAUGAGAAGAGGAGAAACAAAAGAUUGUUCAAUGGCUGACUCAGGCACCAGUGGAAGCUUCUGAAAUUGUGAGGAGUACUCACCAUGUUCCUAUUCUCUCGGUAGUUGGCC